UCUCCUCCCAUAACCCACCGCCCUCUUGCUCAUGCUGGCGCGCAUCCAUCACUUUAAAAGGAACGUCUCCUGCCUCUUUCCCGCACGCCAUCGGGGCAACUCCAUGUUUUAGAGCUAUUGACAUUUUCCUUCAGAUUCGGACCAGAGCAAUAGCACCCGGUUUUAGCCCCAGCCAUGGCGCAUGCUGCCGCCCACAUUAAGAAGGCCAGGUCUGAGAUGGAUCAAACUGCCGAUCUGAAGGCUCUGGAGAAAGCCAAAGAGAGACGGCGGCGUUCCCGGGAACAGGCAAAGCGCAAGUCUGACAGUAACACCAGUUUCUUGCGAGCGGCGAGAGCAGGAAACAUUGACAAGGUUCUGGAAUAUCUGAAAGGGGGCGUCGACAUCAACACUUGCAAUCAGAAUGGUCUCAACGCACUGCACCUGGCAGCCAAGGAGGGCCAUGUAGACCUGGUUCAGGAGCUGCUAGAAAGGGGAGUUGCCUUGAAUUCUGCCACAAAGAAAGGAAAUACAGCUCUACACAUCUCCUCUCUCGCGGGUCAGAUUGAAGUGGUGAAGAUUCUGGUCAAGCAAGGUGCCGACAUCAACACACAAUCUCAGGUGAAAUCAAAUGGUAUUAGGUUCCCCAGUUCUUGGUCUACGGUUUGUUGCUAUAUCAUUUGUUUGAUUGUGCAGAAUGGAUUCACUCCACUCUACAUGGCCGCCCAGGAGAAUCACUUGGAUGUGGUGCGAUACCUUCUUGAGAACGGGGGCAACCAGAGCACUGCCACAGAGGAUGGCUUCACCCCUCUGGCCAUUGCUCUUCAGCAGGGCCACAAUCAGGUGGUUUCCAUUUUAUUGGAGAAUGACACAAAAGGAAAGGUCCGUUUGCCGGCCUUGCACAUUGCCGCUCGCAAAGACGACACCAAAUCGGCAGCCUUGCUCCUCCAGAAUGACCAUAACGCCGAUGUCCAGUCGAAGAGUGGAUUCACACCACUGCAUAUUGCCGCUCACUACGGAAACGUCAACGUGGCCACGCUCCUGCUGAACCGAGGGGCCGCGGUGGACUUCCUUGCAAGGAAUGGCAUCACUCCUCUUCAUGUGGCAUCCAAGCGAGGCAACACUAACAUGGUCUGCUUACUUUUGGACCGCGGCUGUCAGAUCGAUGCUAAAACAAGGGAUGGCCUUACUCCUCUCCAUUGUGCAGCCCGGAGUGGACACGACGUUGUCGUGGAGUUGCUGCUGGAGAGAGGAGCUCCUCUGCUGGCCCGAACCAAGAACGGCCUGUCUCCCCUCCACAUGGCGGCGCAAGGUGACCACGCCGAAUGCGUCAAACACCUUCUGGAACACAAGGUGCCCAUCGGCGACGUGACCUUGGACUAUCUGACAGCGCUUCACGUGGCGGCGCACUGUGGACACUACAGAGUCACCAAGCUGCUCCUGGACAAGAGAGCCAACCCCAACACCCGGGCUUUGAAUGGUUUUACGCCGCUUCACAUAGCCUGUAAGAAGAACAGAGUUAAAGUCAUGGAGUUGCUGGUCAAAUAUGGCGCCUCCAUUCAGGCCAUCACAGAGUCUGGAUUGACUCCCAUCCACGUGGCCGCCUUCAUGGGUCAUCUGAACAUCGUCUUGUUGCUGCUGCAAAACGGAGCCUCUCCAGAUAGGAGCAACAUUCGUGGAGAAACAUCGCUACACAUGGCCGUCAGGGCCGGCCAGGUGGAGGUGGUUCGCUGUCUGCUAAGAAACGGAGCCAUGGUCGACGCCAGAGCUCGGGAGGAACAGACUCCCCUCCACAUCGCUGCCCGUCUGGGCAAAACAGAGAUUGUCCAGCUCCUUUUGCAACACAUGGCCCACCCUGACGCCGCCACGGCUAACGGCUACACCCCACUUCACAUCGCCGCUAAGGAAGGUCAAAUGGAGACGGCCUCCGUUCUCCUGGAGGCGGGGGCUUCGCACUCGCUCGCCACGAAGAAAGGAUUCACUCCUCUGCAUGUUGCCUCCAAGUACGGAAGCCUGGAUGUAGCCAAACUUCUGCUUCAGCGACGCGCACCACCCGAUUUCGCAGGGAAGAAUGAUCUGACGCCACUUCAUGUUGCAGCGCAUUACGAUAACCAAAAAGUGGUGCUCCUGCUUCUGGAAAAAGGAGCAUCCCCCCACGCUGUUGCCAAGAACGGCUACACUCCUCUCCACAUUGCGUCCAAGAAGAACCAAAUGGACGUGGUCUCAGCGCUGCUGAAGCGCGACGCCGAUACCAACAUGGUGACCAAACAGGAUGUCACUCCGCUCCACUUGGCCUCGGAGGAUGGCCACGCUGACAUUACCACCAUGUUGCUGAGUAAUGGAGCCCACGUCAACACCCCCACCAAGGGUGGCCUUACCGCCUUGCAUUUGGCAGCACAAGACGACAAAGUAGCAGUGGCGGAGAUUCUUGCCAGAAAUGGAGCAAACCUCAACCAGCAGACCAAACUGGGCUACACACCACUUAUUGUUGCCUGCCAUUACGGCAACACCAAAAUGGUCAACUUCCUGCUUCAAAAUGGUGCUAGUGUGACAGUAAAGACCAAGAAUGGGUACACCCCCCUCCACCAGGCCGCCCAGCAGGGGAACACACACAUCAUCAACAUUCUGUUGCAAUACGGUGCCAAGCCCAACGCUAUCACCAUGAAUGGUAACACCGCCCUGGGUAUUGCUCAAAGGCUGGGCUACAUCUCGGUGGUGGACACGUUGCAGGUUGUAACGGAGGAGAUUGUUACCACAACAACGAUGGUGACAGAAAAGCACAAACUGAAUGUUCCGGAAACAAUGACUGAAAUACUUGACGUCUCCGACGAAGAAGGAGAUGACACCAUAACUGGAGACGGAGUUGAGUAUUUACGAGCUGAGGAUCUCAGAGAGCUCGGAGAUGACUCUUUACCAGGACGAUAUCUGGACAGCAUGAACUACCUCUGCUUCAACCACGAGGGGCCGCACACUCUCAGUGCGGAGAAGUCCUUUACGUCCACUUGUCAAAACUACUACCAAAAACACGAAAGCACUACGGAGGACAUGCUCAAUCGUCAGAUUUCUGCACUCUGGAGGGAAACAGAGAGCGAUUCGUACAGACUGAGUUGGAGCACAGACAACCUGGACAACAUAGCUUUCACUUCAAGCCCCGUCCACACCGGCCAGUUCUCUCCGUGCCGUGACCACGCAGACCACAGCAGUUUCUUAGUCAGCUUCAUGGUCGAUGCGAGGGGCGGAGCCAUGCGGGGUUGCCGCCACAAUGGCCUACGCAUAGUCAUCCCUCCGAGGAAGUGUGGCGCUCCCACGCGAGUAACCUGCAGGCUGGUCAAGAGGCACCGGCUGGCCAGCAUGUCACCCAUUGUCGAAGGGGAAGGUCUGGCGAGCAGGUUUAUCGAAGUGGCGCCCUCUGGGGGCCAGCUUCUCGGUAAGCUCCACCUCCCCAGUGCCCCUCCCCCCCUCAAUGAGGGUGAAAGUUUGGUGAGCAGAAUCCUCCAACUCGGACCGCCAGGGACAAAUUUCCUGGGUCCCGUCAUCGUGGAGGUCCCGCACUUUGCUUCCUUGCGAGGGGGUGAACGAGAACUUGUCAUCUUGAGGAGCGAGACGGGGGACGGCUGGAAGGAACACCACUGUGAAUACACCCAGGAAGAACUCAACCAGUUCCUCAACAGCAUGGAUGAAGAGCUGGACUCCCCGGAAGAGCUCCAGAAGAAGCGCAUUUGCCGCAUCAUCACAAGAGAUCUACCGCAGUACUUCGCUGUGGUAUCCCGUAUCAGGCAAGAUAGUAUUCUCAUCGGCCCAGAAGGAGGUGUCCUGAGCAGCACCGUAGUGCCCCAAGUGCAAGCAGUUUUUCCAGAGGGGGCCCUAACUAAAAGGAUACGGGUCGGCCUACAGGCCCAGUCUGUAGGUGUGGACGUUGUCCAGAGGACUGUCAGGAACAAGUCCAGCUUCAGCCCCAUCGUCACUCUGGAGCCGCGUCGACGGAAGUUCCACAAACCUAUCACGGUGACCAUGCCGGUCCCCAAAGAGUACUCUGACCUGGCAGGUCUCCAGCACGGUUUGGGGCGAGACACGCCAACAUUACGACUGCUGUGCAGCAUUACAGGCGGAACAACGCCGGCCCAGUGGGAGGACAUCACCGGAACCACCCCGCUAACGUUUAUCAAUGAUCACGUGUCCUUCACCACCAACGUCUCUGCCAGGUUCUGGCUCAUUGACUGUCGGCAAGCGCAAGAGUCGGUAAGUUUCUCGUCACAAGUGUACCGCGAGAUCAUCUGCGUGCCCUACAUGGCCAAGUUCCUGGUCUUCGCCAAAACCCACGACCCCAUCGAGGCUCACCUGCGCUGCUUCUGCAUGACGGACGACAAAGUGGACAAGACCCUGGAGCAGCAAGAGAACUUCACCCAGGUGGCCUGCAGUCGCGAUGUGGAGGUUUUGGAAGGAAAGCCCAUCUAUGCAGACUGCUACGGAAACCUGGUUCCUCUCAUCAAAAGUGGCCAGCAUCACGUCUUUAGCUUUUUCGCCUUUAAAGAGAACCGACUAACUCUGUUCAUCAAAAUCAGGGACGACACUCAGGAGCUCUGUGGGCGCUUGUGUUUUAUGAAGGAACCUCGCACUUACCGCUCACCUGGACAAAACGCCAUAUGCAACCUUAAUAUUACGCUGCCAUCAUAUAGUAAGGAUUUGGAUUCUGAUCAGGACGAUGAGACCAACCAAAAGCUGGAAAAAUAUGAAACUGGGGCAGAGACGUCGGAUAUCCGGCGAUCCGAGCCAAAUCGAGAACGGGACCUUCUAUCCGACGUGUCGGAGAUGAAACAAGACUUGAUGAAAAUGACCGCCAUUUUAACAUCCUCAGAUAAACCCUUAGAGGAAGCGUCCAGUCGAGAGAAGGAGGAGAAGGGUGACAUUCCGAGUGGGGAACCAUUAGAAAUAACAAAGAAUGACUUAGAGAACGUUAAAAAGGAUCUGGAGAAAGUUGACCAAAUACUCCGUAGUGGAAUGUGUGACAUGGUGGAGCCUAGUGAUCUCAAAGAACACCUCCUGGAUGUGCCAAAAAAACAGAAGGAUACCCAUGAGGGAGCCGCUAAAUCAGUCACUCCAACUAAAGUCCAAAAGCCUCUACGGGUAGAAGUCAAGUCCCCACUGAUUGAAGAUACCCCCAUUGGAUCCAUAAAAGACAAAGUAAAAGCCUUGCAACAAAAAGUAGAGAUGGAGCAGAAAGGAAAAAGUGUCGGUGGCAGAGUUCAACCUUUGCCAUCUUCUCCAAAAGUAAAAAAAAAAAACAAGUCUACAAUAGGCGCUGUAAAAACGCCUGAAGCGGCAAAGGAGACUGUCUCGGUUAAGGAACUGAUGCAAGUCUUUCAGAAAGACAGAGGAACCUCAAAGAUGGAGUUGGAUAAGCCUAGAACAAGACUGGAAGAAAGCAGAAUUAGAAGGCCAGAAACCAGGAUCUCUAAAGAGCUAUCUCUGGAUUCAAAACCUAAAACUACGGACAAAGCUGGUCGUGAUGAUGACAAUGACAAAUCAGACAGGGUCGCAGACUUGCAGGGUUCAGAAACACCACGCCUGAGUUUCGAGGCCAGCUACAAACAUGAAGGUCUCACCACUCCCGGCACAAGUCCUGAAAAUGUGUGUCUUUCUCCCAAAACUGAGCAAACCUCAGACCUGGAAAAGAUUGCAUUACCCGAUGACCAACUGUCUCCUGAAUCAACCCUCCUUGGUGAGUCCGCAUCCAGGACUAAAAAAAGCAUGUACGACGCCGCAGAGCAACUCAAUUUUCCCCUAGCCUUGCCUUUAGCUUCCUUGGAUGCUUUUAGAUCCUUGGAGUUACCCUUAAAGCAAAGCUCAGAUUCUCUCAGUCCGUUAGCCGAUGAGUCUUUGACUAUAAGUCACAGAGAUUCCCUAGACGGUAGUCUUGUUACGGACUCAUCCUCACGUAAGACCCCUGAUUCUAUUGAACCAAGCCCGACUGAUGAUUCCCCUCCUCGGGACUCCUUGGAGACGAGCCCUGUUGAUCCGUCCUUCCAGAGUAAUUCCCUAAUCCAGCCCACGAAUAUUAAAGAUACUUUACGUGAUAGACUUUUCCAAAACCUUGCAGCUGAUGAGGACAAUGGCGAGCAGAGUUCCGGUAAGAAUCCGCUUUCCCCUGAUACCCCUAGUUAUGAGGAGGUAAGUUAUGAGCUAAAUCCUAAACCUCUUUACCGCUCAUGCCUGACUUUUCAAAUCAAACCAGCAGCUGUCAUCCAAGAAGAAGACACACCACACAUAGAUGUAGAAUGUAAAUUAGGGGAAAAGAGGCUCACAGAAGAGUUAAAUCCUCCUGUUUCUGACCCUCUUAUUAAAGCUCCUUCUUCUUUUUCGGCAGGUGUGCAAGACGAAUUCCGCGCAGACCAAAACCAGUCGAAAUCCCACAUGAAAACCACACCAGAAACACGAGUAGAUAGUCUAGCAAACAGAACUGACGAGCAAAAGGAGAACAGCUUACGGGAUUCGAGAGAAAACCAAGGAGGCGAUGGUCAAAGUAAUGUGACAGAUGAAGUCAAAGAAAGUGAUAUUAGUCAAGCAAGGGAUGUAUUCGAACCUGAGUUUUGUAUCUAUGAUGAUACAGAAGAGGCAGAAAAUCCGAGAACCGAGUCCAAAGGUGUCACCGCGAAGGUAGAAGCGGCAGCCAUAUGGUCUAAGGGUAAAGACGCCCCUUUUGAAGCUGGUCUCAAAGAAAAAGAAGAGGAACUACUCAAUCUAGUAGUGGGGGAAGAGAGUAGUCGGUCCCAGCAAGAAAGUCCUGCUACGACACCAGGUAAAACACCCACGGAGGAGAGCACGCCGACGAGCGAGCCCAACCCAUUUUUCUUCCAGGAGGGGAAGCUUUUUGAGAUGACUCGCAGUGGUGCUAUUGAUAUGACCAAAAGGAGCCUAGAAGAUGAGGUUGGCGGCGGUGGUUUUGCCUUUUUCCAGAUCGACGAACAAGCGGUGGUAGAAAACAUUGUGGCCUCUGCAAACUCGGAAGUUGGUCUCAAUCUAAAACUGCAGGUCAACACCGAGGAGGGUGCCAACAAAUCUGAAAAAACUCCACCGGUGUCAUGUGAGGUUGAUCAGACUGCAUCUUGUAAAUCAAAAAUCCCUCAAAUGGAGUUCGCUGCUUCGAGCAAACUUGCUACAGCUCUGGAAAAUCCAAAAUCAUCCGACUUAGAUUCUACGGAUCAAAUGAUAAUUAAUGUAGACUUAGCAGACACCACCAUUACAAGAUCCAUAUACUCCGAGCAGGGUCAGGAAUCAUCGGAUUCCUCCCCGGAAGAAUCUAAAUCUGUUAUAGAGACCCCCAAAUCCUCUCAAACCAAAUCUGAACUCUCUCCUGUGUCAAAAUCCAGAAUCCCCAUUAAAGCAAAGUCUUUCAAACCGGUUGAGCAAGACAAAAGUCUCAAGGGACCACCUCGAAGAAAGUCAGAAACAGGACAGGACGCAGGAGGACCUAAAAUUAAGAACUUAUCUGAGGGCGUCUCCACUAGACUGACUAGUAAAGCAGAGUCCAAAUCCUUCCAGUCCAGAUUGCCAGUCAAAGGUAAAAGUGUCCUGACUUCCUCCUCCAAGCUUCACCGUAAGAGGUCCGCCGAAUUCUUCGACGAGAUAACUGACGAGGCGGCCAAGGUCAUAGAAAGGCUGGCGGAGACCAAGAAAGAACAAAAGGCACACGCCAGUGACGACAACUCAGAGGACGAGAGUGGUCUUAUCGAUCCGGCGGUAAUGGACACCUUCUUAGUUAGGACACAUCGGGAGGACCCCAUUCAAGGUCAAGAUGCAACAGAGUGUCCAAAGCAAACGUUUUUUAUGACAGCAGACCACUUGGGCUUCAGCUGGGCAGAGCUAGCGCGAGAACUGGGACUCAGCCAGGAAAAGAUUGAUUUGAUACGGAUCGAAAAUCCUGACUCCUUGCAAGACCAAAGCUACGCACUUUUGAAUCACUGGAUGAAGGAAGAGGGUGCCACAGAAACCGCACUCAUCAAGAGACUGACCGAGAUCAACAGAAUGGACAUCGUCCAGCGGAUCCAAACUAUUACAUGCUCUGAACGAGGCGGAGUGUCCGAGGAAUCCAUGAACUCGAAUCAAGCAAGCGGUGGUCAACAAAAACAGGCGGAGGUUGCGGGAUUUGAGAUGGAGCCUGCAAAGGAUAGAAAGGUCAGCCAGGUGGUGAAGACGAGGGUGGUAACGCGACAGAGGACAGACGAUGUCAGAAGAAACACGGGCAAGAAGCCGGAUGGUCCACCUUGAUGCAGCACACUAACGGAAUGUACAAUUGAAAAACGACGCUGCAAUAUAUCCUGAUCGUUAUACUUCCGACUUUGCUGGGUUUUUCCUCCCCAUUUUUGUGUUACGCUCUGCAUUUUUUAAAAUAUUUAUUUGUGUUCUUUUCUGUGGCCAAAGACUGCACCAUUACUGUCCGUGUUUACCGUAAAAAUAUAAUGUGUGUGUUUUUAAUAAUCCACAUUCGACUUGACUUGAUUUUUGUUGUUGUUGUUGUUGUCCGAAAGGAUUGACUCAUUCAUGAAUUGUUUGCACUUGUCUACAUGAAUAAACUUCCUAGAAAAGUUG